GAUUUGAAUUCAAAAAUCGAAAAACAGCUCUUGCUAUAUUCACAUGCUCGCUCGCAACACGUCGGUCCGCAGCCAGAAACCAAACGCAUAUCGAUUCUGAAAUUUUUCAAACACACUGGAUUAAAGUGUUUUCAAAGCAACAUCAAGUGCAAAGCAAUAGCAAAGCAAAGUGAAGUGAGAAAAGCAAAAGGCAUUAGCUUAAUCGAACGCAAGCAACCCAACCAAAUAGAAAGCGCUUUUUCGAAAGAAAGAAUAUUUUUUGAAAACCUCGCAAGUACCGGUACGACCGUGUAAAAACCGCCAAAAUUCUACUCAAGGAGCGUAAAGCGAUCAUCUCCAGAAUGAAGUCCCUGACGGCCGUUUGUCAGACAGCAGGUGCCUCCGGAAUGCCGGCCCUGAACCCCAGCGGGCGUAUCACCCGCCAUCCUCCACACCGCGGCGACGGCGAGAACGCCGAGAUGAAGAUGUAUCUGUCCAAGCUGAAGGAUCUCGUCCCGUUCAUGCCCAAGAACCGGAAGCUCUCUAAGCUGGAGAUUAUCCAGCAUGUGAUCGACUACAUUUGCGAUCUGCAAACAGAGCUGGAAACGCAUCCCGAGAUCGGUAACUUCGAUGCCGCUGCCGCCCUGACCAGUGUGGCACUGCACCGGGACGAUGACAGCGAUAUGGAGGAUGAUGACGCGGAGGUGGAUUCGGAUGCGGAUGUGCUAGCCCAGCGCUUAGCCGCCGAACAGCCGGCCAAAGUCUCUAGUCCCGCCGCCCGUCUUCCGCUUAGCGACCGCCAAACGCCCAACACCCUCGUGGCGCCAGCUCAGCAGCAUCAGCAACAGCAACAGCAAUUGCAACUGCAACUGCAACAGCAGCAAUCGCAGCAGCAACUAUCCAACAGUUUAUCAACGCAAUCGAACACGGAGAAGGAUAGCCGGCAGUCGUAAGCGUUGAGGAGGAGCCAGAAGCUGGAUAAACCUAUAAACUUAUUAACUAAAUGCAUAAACCAUAAAACGUGUAAUUAAAGUACAGUCAAAACUCCACUCGCAACCUUCGUGUGAAGAUCUCCACAUAAAGUAACGUGUAAACAACUCUCAAGAUAAACUGAAGACCAGGCUACAGCUUUCUUCUUUGGACGGAGCUCGGCUUGGUCCAUUCACACACACACACACAGAAUACACACACAAACACACAUGUUUAGUUUAAAGAAUUAACAAACAAACGUAGAAUUAGAGCAUCUUAAGAAAGUAAACAUUAUGAUUACCAAUUUAACAUUAACUGUAGGAUGGCGCUUAAGAAUGAAUGAAAGAAUGAAAAACUUGGCAAAGCUUUAAACAAUUUAAUUUUUCCUUUAUCGCUUGAAAUCAAUUAAGGCAUAUUUUUGUUUUCCUAAUUUUAGUUUUGUUUUGGUUUAAACAACAAAAAAAUGUUACUAAUGCAAAGCAAACAGAGAUCAGCAAUAAAAUGAAAUGAAAUGCAAACACAAACGCAUUAAAAUGGCAAACAACUUGCAAUUAUAUUUAAUUCGAAUUUCGUAUUAUGAUUUCUCUCCAAAUAGAUUUUCCUAUUAAUUUUAAUUAAUGAUGAAGAAUAUUUCCUAUUAUUGAAUAGCCAGCCGAUAAAUAAAAUAAAACUGCAAACAGAAACAAAAAACCAGAAAAUAAGAACAACUCAGCUAAAACUCAGCACACACAUUCAAAAUCAUUAAUUUAUAUCGAGUAUCGAGUACGUUUAGUGUUUAAGUUGAGAAAGUUAAUUUCCGAGCACUAAUUUUCAUAACACUCUCACCCACAAACACACAUGCAACCUCAUUUUAUAGUUUUUUUUUCGAGUCCCUUGGAUCGUUUUCCUCUUUUUUUAAUUGAAUUAACGAUUAAUGCAUAAUAAUAAUUAUCAGAUAUACACUAAAAACUAUAAAUAUAUAAUAAAUAUAUGUUCUGUGAUCUGUAGCAUACUUUGUACAAAAUGUUUUUUUAGCAUAAUUAUGCGAUUUUAUAAUUAUGAUUUGAUCCGCAACACGAAAUCGAAACAAUUAACCAAUCCUGAUUCAAAUUAAUUAUUUUGUUCUCAUUUCGGUGGUUAAACUCUAUCAUGAUGUAAAAGAAGAAAACAUUUGAUGAUGCAAAAAAACAUAAAUCUGAAAAAAUGAAAAAUAAUACAAAAAAAAAAAACAAGAAA